CCAGUGUGGUCGAAACAGCAAGUUUCUGAGAAGUCAUCUGACUCGAAAUGUCUUCUUAUAAUCCACAAUAUGGUCUUUGACGUCACCAGCUUCCUUCGAGAGCACCCUGGUGGAUCUGGUAUCCUUCGCAGCAGCAACGGAAAGGAAGCAACCGAUAGUUUC